AAUCCUCCAUACUUCAGUAAUGAACCUGGACCCUCAGACACAAAAGUUCAGUACGGACAGAGAGCAGAGUCUCCAGUACCCAGCUGUCUGUCUAUGAAGAGUGACUGGUCACUCAUAUGGAAUCCUCCAUACUUCAGUAAUGAACCUGGACCCUCAGACACAAAGAAGAGGAGUGAUGUCUCUGUGGAGGACCAGCUGCCCUGCUGUGCUGUGUACUUGGACCAGUCUGCUUCAUCAGGAGACUCCUCCUGUCCCCAGUGUGGAAAAAGAUCCAGAACCAGAGCUGGACUGCAGCCAGCCGGUCAGACCAGCACUGUACAAACAGAUAGAGGUCUGCAGGAGGUUGUAGAUGAACAUAAGAUCAGUCUGAGGAGGAGAUGUGAAUGUGUGACUGAAGGAACUGAUGAAACAGGAAGUGGAACCCUCCUCAACAGGAUCUACACUGAGCUCUACAUCACAGAGGGACAGAGUGAAGAGGUUAAUACCCAACAUGAGGUGAGGCAGCUUGAGACAGCUUCCAAGAAGAACACCCUCCAUGACGCUCCAAUCAAGUGCCAGGACAUCUUUAAAGCCUUACCUGACCAACAGGGACACAUCAGAGUCGUUCUGACAAACGGCGUUGCUGGCGUUGGAAAAACCUUCUCAGUGCAGAAGUUCACUCUGGACUGGGCGGAGGGCUUGGAGAACCAAGAUGUCAGUCUGGUGGUUCUGCUCUCGUUCAGGGAGCUGAACUUGAUCAGAGAUGAGCAGUACAGUCUUCUCAUGCUGCUCCAUGUUUUCCAUCCAACAUUACAGAAGGUCACAGCAGAGAAGCUCGCUGUCUGUAAAGUUCUGUUCAUCUUUGACGGCCUGGAUGAAAGCAGACUUUCACUGGAUUUCAAGAACAAGAAGGUUGUGUCUGAUGUCACCCAGAAGUCAUCAGUCAACGUGCUGUUGACAAACCUCAUCCAGGGGAAUCUGCUUCCCUCAGCUGUCGUCUGGAUAACUUCCCGACCUGCAGCGGCCAAUCAGAUCCCUCCUGCAUGUGUUGACAGGGUAACAGAAGUACGAGGCUUCACUGACGCCCAGAAGGAGGAGUACUUCAGGAGGAGAGUCAGUGAUGAAGAGCUGUCCAGCAGAAUCAUCUCACACAUCAAGACAUCCAGGAGCCUCCACAUCAUGUGUCUAAUCCCAGUCUUCUGCUGGAUCACUGCUAAAGUUCUGGACCACAUGUUGACUACAGACCAGAGAGGAGAGCUGCCCAAGACCCUGACUGACCUGUACUCACACUUCCUGUUGGUUCAGACAAAGAGGAAGAAGCAGAAGUACGGUGAGGGACGUGAGACGAGUCCACAGGAGCUGACGGAGGCUGACGGGGAAGUUCUUCUGAAGCUGGGGAGGCUGGCGUUUGAACAUCUGGAGAAAGGAAACAUCAUGUUCUACCAAGAAGACCUGGAGCGGUGUGGUCUGGAUGUCACAGAGGCCUCGGUGUACUCAGGAGUUUGUACAGAGAUCUUCAAAAGAGAGUGUGUGAUCUUCCAGAAAACAGUCUACUGCUUUGUUCACCUGAGCAUUCAGGAGUUUCUGGCUGCAGUCUACAUGUUCCACUGUUACACAAACAGCAACACAGAGGUACUGAAGGACUUCCUGGGAAAAAAAUAUGUUCAUUCAACCCUGGAUGUCUUCCUGAUGGGAGCCAUGAAGAAAUCCCUAAGGAGUAAAAAUGGCCACCUGGACCUGUUUGUUCGCUUCCUUUAUGGCCUCUCUCUGAAGUCCAACCAGAGACUCUUAGGAGGUCUGCUGGGUCAGACAGACAACAGUCCAGAAAUCAUCCAGAGAGCCAUCAACAACCUGAAGAAGAAGAAGACCGAAAUCUCUCCUGACAGAAGCAUCAACAUCUUCCACUGUCUGACGGAGAUGAACGACCACUCGGUACAUCAGGAGAUCCAAGAGUUCCUGAAGUCAGAGAACAGAUCAGAGAAGAGACUCUCUGUGAUCCACUGCUCAGCUCUGGCCUACAUGCUGCAGAUGUCAGAGGAGGUUCUGGAUGAGUUGGACCUGAAGAAGUACAACACAUCAGUGGAGGGACGACGGAGACUGAUUCCAGCUGUGAGGAACUGCAGAAAAGCUCUACUUUCUGACUGUGGACUCUCAGGUACUCACUGUGAAGUUGUGGCCUCAGCUCUGAAAUCCAACCCCUCCCAUCUGAGAGAGCUGGACCUGAGUGACAACAACCUGAAGGAUUCAGGAGUGAAACCGCUUUUCGCUGGACUGGAGAGUCCAAACUGUAGACUGGAGACUCUGAGAUUGAGUCUCUGCUGGUUGUCAGAGAUCAGCUGUGCUUCUCUGGUCUCAGCUCUGAAGUCCAACCCCUCCCAUCUGAGAGAGCUGGACCUGAGCUACAACAAAAACCUGCAGGAUUCAGGAGUGAAGGUCCUGUGUGGUUUUCUGGAGAGUCCACACUGUAGACUGGAGAUUCUGGGAUUGUGGCGCUGCAGUUUGUCAGAGAUCAGCUGUGCUUCUCUGGCCUCAGCUCUGAAGUCCAACCCCUCCCAUCUGAGAGAGCUGGAUCUGAGAGACAACGAGCUGAAGGAUUCAGGAGUGAAGGUCCUGUGUGGUUUUCUGGAGAGUCAACAAUGUAGACUGGAGACUCUGAGAUUGAUGAACUGCAGUUUGUCAGAGAUCAGCUGUGCUUCUCUGGCCUCAGCUCUGAAGUCCAACCCCUCCCAUCUGAGAGAGCUGCAGCUGAGAGAGAACAAGCUGCAGGAUUCAGAUGUGAAGCAGCUGUCUGAUCUUGUGAAGAGUCCACACUGUAGACUGGAGACUCUGAAAUUGAAGAGAUGGAAGUGGUGAUCUCUAACCACCAUCAUCCCUGUGUGUUCCUCUGGACCUGACAGAGUAUCAUCAGUGUAUCUGGACUCUGUCCUUCUGCACAGUCUCUGCAGACACACUGAGACUCCUCCACUCCUUCUGCUCCACACUCAACCACCUCCUCCACCUGGACCUGGGUUUCACUUUGUCUUCAUUCAUUCAUAUAUUCUGAACCCAAAGAUGCCUCUGCAGAUCAGUUCUGUUUAUGACAACAGAACUGUAGAUUAACAAAUUUAAAUAGAUGUUUCUGCCUUGCUUUCUGUUGCAGCUCCACCCUGUGGAACGAUGGAGUUCUGCAGUUAAUUUCCACAUACUACUAAAUAUACAUAUACCAUAUACACUACAUAUACCAAUACCAGAUGUUUUUCAUAUUAUAACAGAUUUGCUUGUAACAAACAGAAAGAAGUAGAUAAAACCUGAACCUUAGGCUUCAGUUUCUCAACUAACUACAAACACAUUAUGUCUGGAUUUUGGUGGAAAGUCAGCUCCUUAAUAUUGUCUUUUGUAUGUGAUGUUUGAUGUAAAACAAAACAAAGUCAUAUUUUUUUUAGUUUAUUACAGAUGUAUGUGUCACCCUG